AGCAAAUCUCUUACAUGAGAUAACUGGAGGGAGAUUAGGAUCUCCACCAGAAGAUUCUGAUACACUUAUUGAUUUGCGUUCAAAAGAUAUGGCUUCAGUUCAUGAAUUUCGAGGUGGGUUUCGUGCAGCUCUCAGGGACUUGCAGGGAUUUCAUAUAUUCCUUCUUACACUUCACCAAAAACUGGAUAGCCUCCUACGAGCAUUUCUGAAUAUUAUAAAUAGGACUUCCACUGGAGAUUUUGACAAAGAAGAUUUGGUGGUUGCUGAGUCUCUCUCACAGGCUACAGGGGCUAGUCAUAAUUGCCCUUCUCCACCAAUUAAAGAACGGAUCAUUGCUGAUAACCAUCCAGAUUUAAUGGAUUCGGAGUUGCAAAGAACAGCUCCUAAGUCGUCAUCAUCGGGAUCUAAAGAAAGCUCAGACUCUGGUUCUCCCAUCUCACGGGAUAAUUGGCAUGGAAAGAUGAGCAAGGGGAGUGGAGAGCCUCUUCGUAGCCUGCGUAUGACAUCAAAGCUCCGUGACUUCCACAAAUUGGCUAAAGUGGAUGUGGAACUAAACAAAGAGUUAGAACAAUGGAAUGAAAUGCUUAAAAAUGAUGCAGUUAAGCUAUGUCAGGAGAACAACUUCCAUACAGGGUUUUUUGAGUGUAGUGAUAGCAAUUGUGUCGUUGAUGCUUAUGAGUUGAAGGUCAGGCUAGAGCACAUUCUUGAGAGGAUAGCGUUGAUUUCAGAUGCUGCAAAUACAGAAAAGCCAUCAUCAAUUUCAACUAAUCUGUUCAUCGGUGGGGCGCUGGCUGCGAGAUCUGUGUACACUCUGCAACACUUGGGAAUUACACAUAUAUUGUGCUUGUGCUCUAAUGAAAUUGGACAAUCAGAUUCUCAAAAUCCUGAGUUAUUCGAGUAUAAGAAUUUUUCUAUAUGUGACAAUGAAGAUACAAACAUCAACGAAAUCUUUGAGGAAGCACAUGAUUUCAUUGAUCACGUUGAACAACUAGGUGGGAAGGUUCUGAUUCAUUGCUUUGAGGGGAGAAGUAGAAGUGCAACAUUAGUUCUUGCUUACUUGAUGCUCAGAAAGAACUUCUCGUUAUUGGAAGCAUGGAAUACCCUGAGACGAGUUCACCGACGUGCCCAACCCAAUGAUGGAUUUGCUAAGAUUCUUUUGGACCUAGAUAGGAAGUUGCAUGGGAAGGUUUCCAUGGAAUGGCAAAAACGGAGACCAGUUAUGAAGGUCUGUCCCAUCUGUGGAAAAAAUGCUGGCUUGAGUAGCAGCUCGCUAAAGCUUCAUUUGCAGAAAUCACACAAGAAACUAUCAUCAGGGAGUGUGGACAGUGCCAUGACAAUGGAAAUACAAAAGGCCUUGGAAGCACUUAAGGUUAGUCGUGGUGGAAGUGUUAGCCCUACACAAAGGACAUCAUCUCAUUCAAUGAUAGGUGAAUCGGAAUAUUAAGUUGCUGUAGAUAAAUUUUUGCAAGUUGCAAGCCCCAGUGAGCUACAGGUCUCUAUAAAGUCUUUCUUUGUCUAUUUAACUUCAUCGCACAAUACUAUUUUAAGC